ACAAUGAUAUGAAAUCAAAGAUAUACAACAACCAACCUACUUAGUAACCAACAUCAAUGGCGUUCUUAUUACGGAAAUUUUCACGCGAUGAUAGUGAAAAGCCCUCAGAAGAAGAGAAUUUGAUUACCUUGGAGGAUAAUGAUGAAACGAAAAUAACUAAUGGCAAGGGGGAUGACAAAAACGUGGAGCCUCCUGACAUUGAAGAAACAAGCAAGAGCGGAAGCAGAAUAGAAUCAUUCUUGAGAGGGUUGGUUCGUAGUCCUAGCAGGGAAAGCUCCAUCAACUCCCAUAGCAGUUGUUCACUGUCUAGUAACCUACCACCCUUAAGCAAUUUAAUACUUAGUGGAUACAGUGCAAGUACAAGACACAAACUAUUAGAUUUGGAAUUGGCAAAUAAUAUCCGGAAUUUGAUCCCGGCACGAUUUCAACUAUUUGACAGUUGGGAAUUAGUUUAUUCAAUGGAGCAGCACGGCAUCUCAUUAAACACGUUGUAUCGACAUUGUAACUUAGAUUUCCAAUUACGACAAUUUAAAAAGAAAAAGAAAGCCGAAAAGGGGUUCGCUGAUUCUAUAGUGUCAAAUAUGGUGGUUGGUGAUAUAUCCACUUCCAGAUAUCCAAUAGAAGGCAAACGACCAAUAGCCUACGUAUUAAUAAUCAAAGAUGAGAAUAAUUGCAAAUUUGGAGCAUAUCUAAAUCAGAACUUAAAACCAAUGGAUCAGAAACGUUAUUAUGGAAAUGGUGAAUGUUUUCUUUGGAAGUGUGAACGAUAUAUCCCCCAUGAAUUUGCUUCAGAUGGAACUACGAAAAAGGGUAAAGAGCAAGUCAGAUUUAAAGCGUUUAUGUACACUGGUAUUAACGACAAUAUAAUAUACUCCAAUCAUGAUUUCAUUGCUAUAGGGUCUUCAAAUGGUCAAAAUGGAAUAUACAUCGACAAGUCUUUAUACAAGGGGGUCAGUUACCGAUGUGAUACUUUUGGAAACGAAAUAUUAAACCUGGCUGUUUACGACGAUGGUCGAAUCGGUCGAUUUAAAAUCAUGGGGCUAGAAAUUUGGAGAAUAGGUUCGCUUGAAUAAGACGAUAUUCUAUUUAUAGGGUUGAUUAUGCAUAUCAAUUAAAGUCAUGACUUUUACUAUACUUGCUAGCGACGCGAGUAAACUGUAGUUUCCAUGUAGGGGCUACGCCUCGGAGUUUGGUUUAAGGUUUUCGUUAUAGUUAUGAACCACUUUGAAAGCCGUGAAAAAAUAAAUGUUCAC